AUGAACACGAGUGACCUUUCAAGUGAUACUCCAGUUACCCGUCUAUCGAAAAUUUUGUCGAAGGCUAACUUUCUUGAAGUAUCUAAGACGAAAACAGCACCAAAACUUCAUCAAAUAUCAGAAAUAAUACCUCCAGACAUAGACGAAAGUGCGAAUCAAGAGCCACCUACAACGUCAGUAUGGUCGGAAGCUCCCGAAUUUUUUGUUCGCGAACACUCCAACAGUUGCUCUUCCGGUUAUUAUAGUGGUGCUACAACUCAUUCCGCUCCGGCAUCAUCAAUUUGUGAACGCUUCUAUGAAAUAAAUGCGGAUCGUAAUCCUCCUAUUUCACUAAUCCGAAGCGUUUAUGAAACUACUGAGUCAGCGGCUCCAGGUGACAGCACGCUCCGGAGAGCUCAUUCUUGUUCUAGCAGAGGAUGGUUGGCCAAAAGACAUAACCGGCAACAAUGGCCUCGCAUUUCUGGUAUAUCCCGAGAGAGAGAUACAUCCUUGGUGGGAGUUGCAAAUACAGAUACGAAUUCAUGUCCUGCUGCCAUAAUCCAUGAUAAUAAUCCGUGCAAUUUGAGACGCUAUUCUCUUCCGCCUGUAGGUGAAUCGGGUUCAGGAAGCACCUCAGAAGCCUCACCCCCUAGAGAUCAUUUAGUUAGCUUUUUAACGUCAGCUAAAAGUCCUAGUCCUGAAAAAAGAAUGGAAUGUUCAAGUUCUUUGCUUCAUCCUAUACCUAAAAAGCAACGCAUAGAAUCACCAAAAGAAACUGAUUGUAAUUCUACGAUACCCACAGAGGAGUUAAAUGAAAAUUCAGAACAUGAUAAUAUUGGAUCUUUAUUUUCUAAUCCAAAUGGUGGUCCGAAACCUUUUUUUGAACUCCUGCGUCAUCAUUCGACUCCUAUGCCAUCUUCAUAUUCAUACAAACAUUGCCCAAGUUCUCCUGUGGAGGUAUUCAACGAUGAAAAUAUCAAUAAACCUAGACUUUCAAGAUGUCUUUCCGAAACGCAUUCUGUUUCUUAUGAUGCGAUUGCACGUUGUAUUGGCUCUUUGAGCAGUCACAGCCUAUGCAGUGAUGGAAGACGAGCGCGUGCAUUACCUGUAGUAGAUAGGACUGGUUCCGGCCUACAUUGCGUGUCUACAGAUACGGUCGGUGAUCUAAUAUCUGGCUCCAAGCGUAAUAUCAAUUAUGUCAUUGUUGAUUGCCGCUUCCCUUAUGAAUAUGAGGGAGGACACAUUAAAGGAGCAAUUAACAUUUUUACUCACAGUGAUCUAGUUCAAGAGAUAUUUAAUCGUGUCCCUGCGCAAAGACCUCCUGGUACAUCUGGACCUCCACGAUUUCUUGGAGAAGAUCUAGCACGAAGAUUAGCCACUACACAGAGGGAGCCACUUUCUGCACCUUGCGAAUUAAUAUCUGACGAUGAAGAUGAAGAUGAAUUUCCUGAAAAUACAACUUCGGAGAUUUCUGAUUCGGAUCUUGGAUAUCCAAACGAUGAAGUUAUUUUAGAAAAGAAUAUUCAUAGUGAUAGCCCAAAAUCAGAACCAGAUCUUAGUUAUGUUAGCAGUGGUUUAUCAAAUAUUAGCGAAUCAAGCAACCAAGAUCCUCCGUUCGUUGUGAUAUUCCAUUGUGAAUUUUCUUCUCAACGAGCUCCAGCAUUGGCUGCAUUUCUUCGGAGCGUCGAUCGUGUUUCGAAUUACCAUCGUUAUCCAUUUCUUUAUUUUCCGGAAAUUUAUAUAAUGAAAGGUGGAUAUUCUGCAUUUUACCGAAAAUUCCCACAUUUAUGUACUCCGCAAGAAUACGUUAAAAUGUUCCACCGGGAUUACCGGAAUCACUUACGUUUGUAUAAACGUCUUACUCGUCGUGUCAGUUCAGCCUGUAUGGCAUGUAUAAAACCUCAACAAAAUGAAGUUGAUAAAUCCCAAAUACCAGUUUCCGAGGUUGAUAGUUAUUGUCAACUUCCGUUGAAUCUAAAGGUUGGUGUACAUAACAUGUUUACAACACAUGAACCACCAACAUACCAAUUUCGAUCCGAUCGUGAACUGCCUAUGCAUGAGGAUAAUUCCAUCUCUGGUCUUGUCAAUUAUGAAAACAAAGAAAACUGCUCACCUUCCGGUUCUGAACUGUGUAGCAAAUUUCAAAGUCACCACUCCUGUUCUGCUGAUAAUGUGAAUGAAGAACCCAAACAUGCUAUGCUUUCUCCUAAUGUUGAAGGUUGUAACCAAGCGUCAUCAAGUGUGGUCGACAGUCCUCUUGGUUUGGCAGAAGUUGUUGUAAGAGUCGGUCGUCGUGUGAUAGCAGCAACAUUGGGUAGUACCAAUAAUAACUGUUCUGAGGUUGCUCGUGCUUUAGACCGAAUAAAGUAUCACAAUUCACCUCAAAUUAUUCAACCACUUGAAGGGAAACCACCUGUACGUUGUCUUAAGCGUUCACUUACCACUAAUUCAUUGGAUAUUCGUCAUCAGUUAAUUCGCCCAAAAGUUUUUAAUCCAUUUUGUGGUGGCAAUAGUUAUUCACAAAAUACACCUUCAAUAAGAAGAGUUCGAACAAAUUCUAACACUGAUUUAUUGUCCGUUGAUAAUACCGUGAAUAGUAUUCUGGCACCAACAACGUCCACUACUUCAAAUCAAAUCCACCAAGUUCAAUCCUCUCCACAAAAAGAACACUUGUCAUACCAUAGUCUUUCUACAUGUAGUGAAUAA